AUAAUAAUUGAUUUUUAAUUUCUGGGUACUUUUCUAUUGAAGUUUCUUGUUGAGCAAGUUGAGAGCUGAGACCAUUUUACCUUUCUCCGGCGAAAUACAAGUUCUCUACAUUUCUUUCUUUGCCGGAACCCUAAUUUUUAGUGACUGGUUUUAAGAAUUCACAAUGUCAAGAAGAUAUGACAGCCGCACAACUAUCUUCUCCCCUGAAGGUCAUUUAUAUCAGGUUGAAUAUGCAAUGGAAGCUAUUGGAAAUGCAGGCAGUGCAAUAGGUAUCUUAGCUAAAGAUGGUGUGGUGUUGGUAGGUGAAAAGAAGGUCACUUCAAAGCUUCUCCAGACCUCGACAUCCACCGAGAAGAUGUACAAGAUUGACGACCAUAUUGCCUGUGCUGUGGCUGGAAUGAUGUCAGAUGCCAACAUCCUCAUUAACACUGCGAGGGUUCAAGCUCAACGCUAUACUUUUGCUUAUCAAGAACCAAUGCCUGUUGAACAACUAGUUCAGUCUCUGUGCGACACCAAGCAAGGCUACACACAGUUUGGUGGGCUUCGUCCAUUUGGUGUUUCCUUUCUUUUUGCAGGCUGGGACAAGAACUAUGGCUUUCAACUGUACAUGAGUGAUCCAAGCGGCAAUUAUAGUGGUUGGAAAGCUGCAGCAAUUGGGGCCAACAAUCAACCAGCACAGUCAAUGUUGAAGCAGGACUACAAGGAUGACAUGACAAGAGAGGAAGCUGCUCAACUUGUUUUGAAGGUGCUUAGUAAGACUAUGGAUAGCACUAGUCUUACCUCAGACAAGCUUGAACUGGCAGAGGUAUUCCAUACCAAUGGUAAAGUCAAAUACCAAGUGCACUCACUGGAAUCUGUGAACAAGUUGCUCAUACAGUAUGGAUUAACCCAACCAGAUCCAGAGGCCGCCUAAAACACUUUUCUGACUUUGAGCAUGUUUCAGCUAUCUGAUUAUUGGAUAAGCUGUUCACUGACUUGCCCAUAAAUUCAUGCCUAGAUAUUUUCUGUCUUUAUUCACUUCCUUAGAUGGCAAA